CUGCAGGUUUGUUUACUUCUCGUAUUUACUACUAUUUUUUAAAUAGAAAAUUUGAAGGAUUAAAACCAAAUUUCUACCAGAAGUUCAUGAUUGAAGCGCUGAAAGAUACAAGUAAUAUUGAAUACUGCGCGCGCAUUUCGUUGCACCCAUUUCGUCGGUAAAACAGUUCUUCAAAUGAGUCGAUUAUCUUGCAGUCCGAUAAAGUUAAACGAGAUGAUUAUAAACCGAUAGUUUAAUUAUUGUGAAAGGAACUAUAUCCGCGUGAAAAAUGUUAUUCAGCUUAAGCCGGCAAACACACAAUAGCCAUUAGAAAACCUUGUGAAAACAAGUGAACACAAAGAAUUAUAAAGCCACUCAAAAUGGAUGCAGAAUGCAAAAGGAAACAAGUGAACUUCGACCAGUUGACAGCUCUGUUAGAGUUUCUCAAAGAACAUGAAGAUUUGGCUAAAGGUCUUACUAGGGGCAGACGCAGACGAGGCAAGUUCCACACUGUGAAGGUAUGGAAUCUCUGUGCUAAGAAACUGAAUGCUAUUAAAGAUGGUGCUGUUAAAGAUGGAAAAGGUUGGUCUAAGUACUGGUGUGACUGGAAGUACCGAGUAAGGAGACGAGCUCUCGAGUUGAAAGCUGCUAAGGAUGGAGACAGACCGCUGCCUGAAGGAAUAUUGCCUUUGUCAGCAAUGGAAGAAAAUAUAAUGAGUUUAAUAGGAGAGAGCGCUGUUGAAGGAGUUGUUAUUAUGAAUGAUCCACUUUCUGAGGAAGGCUUAGAAGAAGCAAUACAAAAUUAUACUGACAAUAAUGAGGACAGCCCAAUUAAUCAGUAUUUUGAUACUGAAGCAAUGGAACCAUCAACCAGCCGAAAGAGGCGACAGCCAUGUAAUGACGACACUGCUGGUUCAAGUAGCCCUGGUGAAAGUAAACCUAUGGUAGACUCCAGAGGAGAUAUUAAAAGCUCAAGUAGAGGGCCGAGAACUUCUAAAAGGCGUAGAAAGCAACGCUCGUCAAUAAACUCAGAUAUAGAACUUGGCGGAUCAAGCAGCCCUUCAGAGAGCAAGCCCGAAGUUAUUGUGACGAAAAACGAACAUUGUGUAGAAUCAGAUGGUGAGGACAAAGCUUCAGUAUUUUUAUCCCUAGAGCGAGAGAAAGUAUUCGGGACAAGCAAAAUUAUAAACACACUAGAAAUGAUACAUUCGGAAAUAGCUCGUCUUGCAUCUGUCAUGGCCGACAUUAAAGACUAUUUAGUAACUAAUUACCGCCAAAUUAGUGUAACUUAAAUUAAAACCUGCGGUUUUCCCGCCGUUUCACUCGUGUCCUGUGGUACCUACUUCCAGGACCCGGAUAAAAUAUUUCUCACACGAGAAUAGUGAUAGUGUAGCUUCCCAACAGAGAAAGAAUUUCUCAAAUUGGUUCAGUAGUUUCGGAGCUUUUAGGACAAAAACAAAGAAACAAAAAAAAACUUUUUAUUAUUAUAAGUAUAGAUUAGAUCUUACCUCUAAAAUUGCAAUUCCAUGUAAAUCAAUGUGAUAAUUUUGUGUAAUUUUUCUACAAUUAAAUUGUUUUGUUAUUAAUGUAGGUAUACCUACUGUAACAAUGAUUAGCAUGCUAAUAAAAUUGGGUGUGAAAUUACGAUACGUGUAUUUAAAUUAUGUGAGCCGUUUGCUACAUUGUUGUUUUAGAUUUUUUUAUUUAUUACUUGGACAUCAUGACACGUGGAUUAAUAAUUGUGUUCGAGUAAGAAGGAAAUGGUAUGUAUUACAAACAUAUGUAAAGAGGAAGUUUAUUGAAACUUCGGCACAGACUAGGACAUCAAGCUACUCCAAUCUAUAAAAAAAAUCUCUAUAAAUAAUGUUAUAUGAAUGAAAGUUUCAAUAAUUCUGUACUUUUCAGUAUAUUAUAUCGCUAAUUUCCAUUUUUACCAUAGCCACGCUUAGAAGGUGGGCUUUUUAGGGGUUUUGGCAGAAAGGCCAAGGUAUUAGCCCAUACAAUAAACAUUGAACCUUAUCCUUUAGAGAUAAAGUUGAAAAUCUUUUGAAGUUUGACGGAUUGUCGUAGCAUGAUGUGCUGACAACUCUACUAUAAAAUAUACGUACCUACGUACCUAAAGUUCGGUAAUAAAUACGUACUAUGUUCUUAUGAUACUGAACUGGACUUGUUAUUAUGGAAAUGAAACCAUUAAAAUAUUUGUGCACUAUUUAUUUUUAACCAGCACAAGUAACGAGAUUGUCUUCUGUUUAGAAAGAUAUGAAAAAGUUCAAUGUAUAAAAGUUCAAUAUUAUAUUGUAUUAUUGUAGCAAUAAUAUUAAUUAUUAUAUACCAACAUAAAUCGUAUCUACUUACAAGUUAGUAGGUACCAUCUAACAUAAUGUAAUGUGCAUAGGAACUUAUGUGUCAUCUGAUUAGAAUAUAGUCAUAGACUGAGUAACAUUAAUUAAGCAUAGUUUGUAUGCAGAAAGUAUACUCAACAAUAAAUAAAUAUUGGAUUCAAUUUUAAA